AUGCAGGGCGCCUGGAUAGCUCGCAAAGCCGAGGAGAUCCAAGGAUAUGCCAACCGCACUCAACGCCACAACCGAAGUCGGGACCUCUUCGCCGCCGAGGUUAUCAACUUCGGCCUGCCGAUCAACACGGACAAAACGGUGGUCAUGCACCAAUCGUCAGCGAAAGCUGAAUACAACACUCGUCGGAUCACUGUCAACGGCAACCAACUCCAGACCGUAAACAAUUUCGCCUAUCUAGAAAGCACACUCACGCAACACAAACAUCGACGACGGGGUUGCCCAUCGGUUCUCCUCACGCCUUCGGCCGGCUGCAAGCCUCCGUGUGGAGUCGUCACGGCCUUUAACUGA